CCACCACCUCGGACUUUCUGGCGUCAUUCGACAACGAGGACUGACGGGGCCCUUUCUCUUUCAGCCUUGCUUGCCACGGGGGGCCCGACGUCACAUCACUCUGGACAUGUGUCCUCUACUCAACGUGUGAGCUGCACAGCACAGCACUUCAUUGAACUCAUUUGUUUAUUUUGCCUGUUGAGAUCCUGCAUGCCUCAUUGAUAGCUGCCGAGGGAGUUCUGGUUAUGAAAGCUCCACGCUGUUGAGGUUCAAACAGAGCCAACCGACGCCUUCGUGGUUCAUGCUCGAAAAGCCGUGACCCCGACACGGAAAGCAACUGCAAGACCUUCGACGACGAUAUAACACACGCAGGCAUCCCGCCACGCAAGCCCGCCUCAGCCAUACAACCAAAUCACCAGUCCUCACCACAACAUCGGACCGCAAUCAUGGUGCACAGCAACGGGCUCGUCGCCGCCCUCACCCUCGCCCUCCCACUCUUCUCCGUUUCCCCGGGCGCCGCCGCCGCCGGCGGCCGGCCCAAGAACGCCAUCCGCCUCUCCGACGUGCAGACGCUGACGCUGCGCGGCCACGGCGCCAAAACCACCCACCGCCGCGUGCCCGCCGCGCCACAGCUCAAGUGCGUCUCGCGCCCGGACAUAUGUCGCCUCUUCGAGCCCGACGUCAUGCGCUGCACCAACCAGGGCUCCUCGUACGGCGGCGAGGACGUUGAGUGGAGCUGCGUCGCCUCCCUCCCCGAGGACCUCGAGCUCGGCGCCACGGAGGUCGUCUGCGAGGGCUACGACAGCGCCGACGACCCUUACGUCCUCAGGGGCAGCUGCGGCGUCGAGUACACCAUGCUGCUCACCGCCAAGGGCGAACAGAGGUACCCGGACGUCGCCAACCCCCGCGGCCGCAUCUUCAGCGACGGUCAGGGCGGUACUGACCUAAGCGCCUGGCUUUUCGCCGUCGUCUUCGUCGCUGUUCUUGGGUGGAUCGUGUACUCGGCCUGCUACGGCGGCAACGGCAACGGCAACGGUCAACAACGCGGCCGGAGGGUUGGCGGGCCACGUUGGGGCGGUGGUGGAGGCGGCGGCGGCGGCGGCGGCGGAGGCUGGAAUCCCGGCUGGGGCCCGGGCGGCGAUGACCCUCCUCCGCCCUAUCCUGGCUCCAAGCCCUCUUCUUCGCGGCAGCAGGGUUGGACGCCGGGGUUCUGGAGCGGUCUGGCUGGCGGCGCCGCUGCUGGGUACAUGGCUGGGAACAGGAAUCGCAACAGCGGCGGUUUGCGGGACUACGGUAACAACAGCGGUUGGGGCGUCGGUUCCAGCUCGAGACCCUCGCCGGCGUCGUCGUCGUCAAGCUCUGGGGGGAACUCCUCCCGUCACGAGAGCACAGGCUUCGGUUCCACUCGUCGCAGAUAAGAGGAAAUUGAAAGCUUCGACGAGAAAUCAGGUCGAAAUCAGCCGAGUGAAUUCCAGCGUUGACUAUGGCUCGCCCUUCGCUAGCUGCUCACGUCUGACAAGGUCGAAUUCGAGUAUCCAACCCAAAACGCCGCUCGCCUGACGCCCCUCUUUCAUGACGCAGAAUGAUGCCUUCGUAACAUGUACACGUUGACGGUCACUUCCUCCCGUCCCAAACUCUCCUAAAAGUACAAAAUGUCCAAACAAUGUCUGACAUAGGAGCCCGGAGUUCAUGACCAUCCGAGAAGCACUCCUCUCGACGUAACCGGCCUCUGACAGCUUUGAUGUGCGACAUAGGGAACCCAGCCAAAGCGCUGUAUCGAACGAAUGAGGCUCGCUCGUCCAAACGUCGCCAAACGCCAGAUCCCUCAAUAGCCAAGCAGUAACAUGAGGCAUGUCGUCAAUCGGGAGAGCAAUCAGUGAUGCACGGGCAUCACGUCCAUUUUAUCGAAGGCUCGCGAGCAGGUGGGACACUUGCGCAUCCGGUUGCUAAUCCGAUCUUCGACGCACUUGUUGCAGAAGAGGUGUCCGCACGUCUUAAGCGCCGUGUUUUUAAAGUUGUUGCGACAGAUUGAACACAGAGCAAAUGUCUACAGUACUCAUCGUCAGCGUUGAUCUCUCCUCGGUGGGAGAUUGUAGGAUGGGAACUUACCCGAAGCAUCUCUUCCUCCUCUGACGAGUUGCUUAGUGCUUUGCUUCGCCAAUUGUCUCGGUCCUUCUGCGCGUGCUCGAUGCGCACUUUGAGCUUCUCAACCUCAGCUUCCUGCAUCGUGUUGCGUUCCCUGACAACGGCAGAUGCGGCGUCGCGAGAUUUGACUAGAUUGCCCAGCUCUUCAAUCUGCCGAGAGAGCGAGUCUGCCC